AUGUUUGGACUGUAUCUUUUAGACGUCUGUGUGUCACAGCUUCAGUUAAACAAGGAAGUGUAUACUGACUCCACAGGAUCGACGCUUCUCACGAAAGUAGUAUUUAUUAAUUUUCCAGUGACGGAAGUGAAGGAACGCAAGCGAACCAGCAAAGAAGAUGACAAGAUUUACGUUUACGAUUUCGAAGCUGGCCAGUCCAUUCAGUUCUCGAUGACUUGCGAAGAAUUACUUAAGAAGAUGAAGAAAUGUCCAUUGUGGAUUGGUGUUUUCAGAAUGGACGAUAAUUUCCCUAUCUGUUCUCUUCGAACGCAUCUUAGCGGAUGCGCUUGCGAUUUGGGCUCCCUGCUUAUUGAAAACCCAGCGCCUUUUAGGUUCAGAGGACCAUUCGAUCUUAUUGAUACUGGUCAAAAUUUCGCUGGUCGAUUAGGUCUCGAGAUAACAAUUUUCAAUUUAGGAAGAUGCUUGUUAAUGCGUUACGCUCUCGCGCCCAACUGUUUCCUCUUCAAAAUGGAACCCGAUGGAACGGAGUAUAAAUGUAACUUUAAAGACUCGUCGAAGCUAGGGAUGAGCGUAUUACCUGCGGAUAAUUUCGCAAAUCGAGAGAUGAUAGUUGAUACCAGUCCCGCGGGAAAUCUGAUCAAAGAUAUCGCUGGAAUUUCUCCAGUGGCUGAUCAUCUUGGUGAUGGUAGGCCGCCGCCUAAGCCUCCACGCGUUCCCUUGUUUGAUCCCUCCCAGUCUAAGCGGAAAAAGAAAAAAAAGGGUAAAAAGAAGGGAAAAGGGAAAAAAUAAAAUUGUUGAGAUUUUAUCCAUAUCAAAGUAUAGGUUCAGAAUUAUUUUCAUCGAAUAAUUUGUUCAAUUUAAUGAAACGAAAUGUGAUAACAACAUAGGGUAAAAAGGGAUAAUGAUAAUCAUUUAACGCGUCUACCAUGGCAGUAAAUAAUAUGACCAGAUGAUUUUUAAAUUUAAGCUUUUAUUAGGCAAAAAUGCAUCUAUUUCAUUCUGAUGGAAUUUUUAUAAAAGCUUCAAAAUUUGAAAAUUUGUAAUGGAACCACAUGAGUUAAUAGGUGUGC